AAGCGGGAACCUGACUGUCGCCUGAGGUAUUCCUCCACGUUGGAUGACUGGUUGGCUUCAAAGUUUUAACUUUUCGGCAAGAUCCCAACUUGCACUUUGAGUCAUGGCUUCCCAAGAAGAAGUUGUGCAAAAGAUUGGAGAGGGCUUUAUUCUUGAAUAUUACCGUCGGUUUGACUCUGCGGAUUGGAGAUCAGUAGGCGAAUUAUAUUUUGAAUCAGCCUGCUCAACGUGGGAAGGACAGGUUAAUGUUGGGAGAGAAGCCAUAAUUGGCAAACUUGCUAGCUUGCCUUUCAGAACCAUUCAACACGUCACCACAGAGAAAGAUGUCCAGCUUACGGGUGAUAAUGCUAUCCUUAUCAUGGUGAUGGGACAGCUAAAGGCGGACGAGGAUCCAAUCAUGGGCUUCCAACAGGUGUUUUUGCUGAGGCUCGCAAAUGGCUCAUGGGGUUGCACAAAUGACAUGUUCAGGUUGUCAAUACACAACUUUGGAGCAUAAUAGCUUGAAUUUGUUGGCUCAAACUCAGUGACAGAUUUAUCUAGGGUUUUUUUUUAAAUUUCACACACAGCGUUGCAUUUGCAGAGUGUUGCUGUUUCAUUUUGGCGACACGAAUGAGUUAUUUUGCCAGGGGGUUUGUUUACAAUGACCUUGAACUGUUCGGAGAGGAUUUGUGAAAGGCAAUGCCAUUACCUGAUAUUUAAUUAAAUUGUUUCCUUACAAGUAAUAACAUUCCAGCAAAAUAAAAAGAAGCAAUUCUGCA